CGCGGCUCCCAAGCCUCCGCCCGCUCACAACGCCUCGACCAAACAACAACCUCGCGCAUCACUCAAAUCCACCUGCUGACUCCCUGGCCUUUCGGGCAUCCAACACGCAAACCAGCCAGUACCUUCUCGCGGGUUUGCGACUGCUUCUGGUCGCUUCUCGUGCUGUCGGUCGCCUGAGAGUAUUGACCCUUCCUUCGUCAUUAUUCUGCCCGAGCUCGAAGCAGCACCGCAGCCCCCGCCCCCACAUGGGAAUCCCACCUGCAGGGCAGACGGCAAACCCGACCGACGACAUUGAAUACAUGCUCCUUGCCCUCGUGCCGCCCUCUUGAGCCCGCCCGAGGACUGGCGCCGACUUAUUCUGCGUCGCUCCGCGCAAAGCCAUCGCUUUCGUUCUGACUCCCUCCCGGGCAAACCACAAGGCUUCAAACAGCAACCUCCGCAAGCACCCUCUGGCACCAUGUGGAACGACGAGGACAACAACCCCUACGGCAACAGCUUUGACCGGCGGGACUCCUUUACUUCGUCUUCUAUCAACCCAUCUUCGCCCUCUACUCGCGACUAUCCGCGCUUCGACCAACCCCAUACGCCGUCCUCCGCUGGCGGCGAUGCGCCUUCAAGGGCCGGCUUUGGCGCUGCGUCGGCCGCUAGCGACGACGGCGAUAGCGAUGAUGACUACGUCCAUGGCCGAGGCGAGCUAGUUCCCAGAAGGAAGCCAGGCGGCUACGACAGUCGUGUCGAACAGAUCCUCUAUGAAAAUCCGGAGCUUCCAAUUCUGAUCACCGACGCUGGGAAGAGUCUCGAGAGCGGCGGGAGAUACAUAGUCUACACCAUCCGGACCGGAGACCUUGACGUUAGGAGGCGGUAUUCCGAAUUUGCAUCGCUCAGGGACGCUCUCACACGGCUUCAUCCUACGCUCAUCAUACCUCCUAUUCCCGAGAAGCACACCAUGGCCGACUACGCCGCCAACCCCACAAACGCGAAGCAGGAUCAGCAAAUUAUCGAUCUGCGCAAGCGAAUGUUGGCCGUGUUUCUCAACCGCUGCCGUCGCAUGGAGCAAGUUCGGACGGAUGGCGUUUGGUGGAGAUUCCUGGAUCCUAAUGCUAGCUGGAACGAGGUGCUGCACUCACACCCGGUUGCAUCAAUACCCAAGUCUAUUCUCAAGGCGCCACCCCUAAAUACACCCAAUCCUAGCGCCGCCCACAGUUAUCUUCCUAUUCCUUCAAGCUCGGCCAAGCUGAAGGUUAGCUCCAACGGCGCGCAUCCUGAACAUGUUGUAAACGCAUCUGCCGCUCAGUUUCGAUUCCCUCCGGAUGCUAGCAAGCUGAGCGAGCAGGACCUAGACCCCUACUUCAACUCGUUCGAGGCGUCCAUAAAGGAGCUCGAGCAGCUGCUGGCAGGCCCGAUGGAGAAGGUCAACCGGCGGACACUGAAUCAUCUGUCCUCUCUCGCGUCUGACCUCUCGGAGCUGGGCGCGAGGUACAACGCCUUUGCUCUCUCAGAACAGGCUCCAUCGCUGGGCCCGGCCAUCGAGAGGGUAGGCCAGGCAGCCGAUUCAUCAUAUAUCGCAACAGAGGAGUUGUCCAGUUCUCUAGGCGCCAGCUUCGCCGAACCGAUGCGGGAGAACGCGCAGUUCGCGGGUGUCGUGCGGAGUGUUCUUCGUUACCGCAUCUUGAAGCGUGUGCAGCAAGAGAUGACCAAUGACGAGCUAGCGAAAAAGAGGGCGCUUCUGGACCAACUAGAGCGCAGCGAGGCCGAGGCGCGCCGGAUCGACCAGUACCUGAGUGGCAGCCAGACGAUCCAACCGAGGAGAUCGACCAGCACUAGGGAUGCGUCGGCUUCGUCGCCGCCAUCAAAGCAACACCGACGCGACGGCAGCGUCGACGACACAGCGUCGAUCGAUUCCGACUUCCCACCCACUCACGGCGACAUCUCAUCGGCGCCAUCCGCUAAAAUCGGAGCGCCGGAGCGGGGCAGUGGCGGAAGCGGCGGUGGUGGCAACAGCCCAGGCCAUAGGAAGGCUCCAAGCGGCAAUUCCAUCACCAACAAAAUCUUCGGCCCGAUCAGGCACGCAGUCCAGGGGGUUGUGGACCACGAUCCGGAGCGGACACGACAGCAGACGAUUGGGAAGACACGAGAGUCCAUCAGUCAGCUGGAGCAAGCGCAGGUUGCUGUGGCUAAAGACGUCGAGGACGCGAGUGCGAGCGUGCUCAAGGAUAUGAAGAGGUUCCAGAGGGAGAAGGAGGACGACCUUAAGCGUUACAUGCUUGCGUAUGCCAGGUCCCAGAUCGAAUGGGCCAAGAAGAACAAGGAGACGUGGGAGGAGGCAAAGACGGAAAUCAACAAGAUCGACGAGUCGUAACGGCCAGAACCCGCGCGUCGGGGAUGGCACCAAGUGUUUUGUUUGAUUGGUUCUUGUCUGGAAAAACACAACUCACGUUCGGUUAUUGGUGAAUGAUUAUGCCGAAUAAUUCUUAAUGCGCGGGAUGUUGCGCUUCGAGAUGGGGUCGCGGGAGGCUGGCAAAAUUGCGGAGUAGGACGCACAUUGUAUCGACUGUCGCUAUAGAUGUCUGUUUCUAUAGGUGUCUGUUGUUCGAUGGGCAGGCUUGAUGGUGACUUGCUGCAGCCGUGGGUCCUGUCACUGCCUAUGUCUGAGGCGGGUAAUGAAGUGCACUCACUCCUACAGCGCCUGGAUAAGAAAAUACAUCUGGGUAUCACUUCAUGUUACGGACCGUCCUGUAUGUUCCUUUUCUGAGGGCGCUUGAGGAGAAGGGCUAUGUCUGUAUGCAAGAUGCAAAUAUCAGAGCCCUAUGGUCUUCAGGUUCCAAUCACGUUGAGUCCUCCCGAAAGCGCCAGAUAUUAACAAAGUGACAUGGAAGCCUACAUCUAUUCUAUUUCCUA